AUGGGCAAAAGACUUGCUGCUGCUGCAUCGCCAGCAAUGAAUAAACGCCAGCACUCUCGCAAAUCGCUGGCAGAGUCGGCAAACACGCCUAAUAUCACCCACAACAACAUAUCCAAGCCGCCAUCAGGGGCUCCCUACGAAGUCACCGCCGCCGACACGUGGAUCGCCAUCGGCAACUGUGCUAUAAGCAUGGGCAUCAUCGUGGCUGCCAUCCAAGCGUUUGAGCUGGCGUUAAACCACGCUCCCAGCAGCGUCGAUGCCUUGGUCGGGUGGUCCCACCUGCUUCGAAUGAAUGACAUCAACAUGAACGAUACUGCCGGGUCCCAGCUGCUAAUACAGAGGCUCAACGCCGUGGCUGAGUCCCAUCCUGAGGUGACGAAUAGUGCCUCUUUUUUCCGAGAGCUCACAGAGUGCUACUUGCUUGUGGGACUCAAUGAGCAGGCGCACCAGGCGAUCCAACAGGCGAUCCAGCGGAGCCCCAACGAUCCAGCUUUGCAACUUUUGCUGGCACAGACGCUUAUUCGUGCGGGCGCUAGGGCCCAGGCGGCGGCUGCUUUAAACCACUGCCUUAUGCUUUUGCCUCCUCUGUUGGCGGAAUUCUCCAAGGCCGACAUCGAGACGGCCAGAAGCGCUCAUGCUGAGUUGGCGGCCAUCGCUGCUGCCGAUGGCAAUAUUGACUUGCUGAUUAUCGAGCUCACAGCCACCCUUCUGUUGCCUCCUCCUCCGUUGGCCAGACAGCACGAGCACGUUGCCUUGUGGUGUGCGUUUGCCACAGCCAAGGAACGUGCCAACAAGAUCACAGAGGCUCUUGAGGCGUGUGAACGGGCAGAGGUCGCUGUGGGUGCGCUGCCACGGAUCUUGAUCACUCAUGCCUACUUGCUUUUGCUCGACGAAGACCCCGAAAAGGCCCGCAAAGCAGUGCUGCUUCUCUCGCGGGUGGUGGAGUCAGAACGUGAGGAGUUGAAGGCCCAAACACGUCAAAACCUGAAGCUGGACGAAGUAGACGACUCGGACGGGGACUUUUUGCCAUGGUAUCUCUUGGGUAAAGCUCAUACUGUUCUUGAUUCUCCUCGUGCCGCUUACGACUGCUACCAGGUUGCCUUGCGUAGAGCGUCCAACCUGCCUAUCACAUGGCUUGCCGUAGGGAAGCUCUACUUGGAACUCAAGCAGCUUCCAGAUGCCCUUGCGGCUUACUCCCAGGCGCUCAGACUUCAACUCAACGAAAACCUGCCUGGUACAGCUGCUGCUUGGGAAGGUCUAAGCUGCGUCUACGAACGUUGCGACGACCAGUUGGGCGAUGCUGCGGACGCAAGCUCCAGAGCAGCCAUGUGUUUCCGUGCAAUAGGCGACACCGAAAAUGCGGCACGUUUCGAAGACAAGUCAAAGAAGUUGCAAGCUGCUGCUGAUGGCAAGGGCCCGGUGCCAACUUUGUCGCUGCCAGUGGGUGUGCCAAAUUUCUUCUUGCGUGAUCUCGUGACGUUGCUCCCUUCCGAACGUAUCGUGUUCGUUCAAGGACACAAUCCCGAGGAAAGAAACCAACAAAAUGUACCAUUGCAGCCUGCUCAACAACCACCUCCAUCUCUCCCUCCAGCUGCUCACACUCCUUUGCAACCACCAAGACGUACUCUGGGCCCCAGCGAAGCGUCUGUCACACUGCUCCCACCUCCUCAGCAUCUCCAGCAUCAUCAACCUCCCGCUUCCUCUCAAGGAAGCCCUCCAAUUCAACCUGCUGCUAGUGCGCCCGCUUACUCUCAUUCAUCACCUCACACACCGGUGCCACAGCAGCCACAGGAGUCCUACAGCAUGUAUCCCGCUCCUUUCAAACCCAUUGGAAAGCUCGCAGACAACAAUUCCCAUCUUCCACCACCGCAUUCUCGGGCCUGGUCUCCACAAGACCACAUUCCACAACCACAGCAACUUUUCCAAGGCCCUCCACCACCCUUUGCACAGCCGCCCAAUGGUAUCAUGAACUCUCCAACAAACGGGCCCGUUCCGCCGGGUCCUCAAACAAGGUCACCAGUUAAUCAUCCCCAAAUGAUUCACAAUGGCUAUGCAGUGCACGGACCACCUGGCUAUGUGUAUGGGCAAUACAUGCCAAUGCACCAAGGGGUCCUUGCUCAGUUGCAGCCACAAGGAAGUAACUGGAGACAAUAA